AUGGGUGAAGUCAAGAGAUCCUCUGCCUACAUUUUACCAAAUGCCUCAGCGACUGCCAUCUGUGACACUUUCCUUGUGGAGCAAUGGUACAGAAUAAACAGCACAGUGGGUAACGAUAUCGUACAGACAUGUCAAAAUAUGACCCACUGUGGCACAAUGUUCCCAUUGUGGAUGAAUGGUACACAGCCUAUAAACUCAACAGGUGUUAUAACUACUAGUUCACAAACAACAGCUGAAACAACUAUAGAAACAACAGAUGAAACAAACUUUAUACCAUCGACAACAAAACCAAACGAGUCAUCCAAAAGCAUUCUAAAUGAUGUAGAGAUUGUCGGUAUUGUACUUGGAGUUGCGUUUGGAUUCCUCCUCUCUGGCAUCAUUAUAGUGUUUUGUAUCUGUAGUCAUCAAGAAAAGAAAUCAAAGGUUGGAUCAUCAGACGAUGUAGAAAUUAAAGUGUCACCAAAGACACCAUCCAAAAAUGAUUCAUCAACACCUGGGAUUCAAAAUCCAGAUUUUGCACAAAAUAAGGGUAGAGAGAAUACAGCAUUGUCCAUGAAUGAUGUUCCCCCUAACAUAAUUCCUACCAUAAAACCUAGGACAAAGCGACGAAUUAGGGACUAA